GUUUAUUAAAGUUUGUUGCUUUGAAAGGCCCAUCGAGUAUAUUCCCAAAAGGAUUAGACUAGUCGUCUUUAUACAUACAGUACAUCUCAUAUAUACCAACCAAACCUCUCUCUGCAUCUUUAUUAACACAAAAUUCCAAAAGAUUAAAUGUUGUCGAAGCUCCCUACACAGCGACACUUGCACCUCUCUCCCUCCUCUCCCUCCAUGGAAACCGUCGGGCGUCCACGUGGCAGACCUCGAGGUUCCAAAAACAAACCUAAAGCUCCAAUCUUUGUCACCAUUGACCCUCCUAUGAGUCCUUACAUCCUCGAAGUGCCAUCCGGAAACGAUGUCGUUGAAGCCCUAAACCGUUUCUGCCGCGGUAAAGCCAUCGGCUUUUGCGUCCUCAGUGGCUCAGGCUCCGUUGCUGAUGUCACUUUGCGUCAGCCUUCUCCGGCAGCUCCUGGCUCAACCAUUACUUUCCACGGAAAGUUCGAUCUUCUCUCUGUCUCCGCCACUUUCCUCCCUCCUCUACCUCCUACCUCCUUGUCCCCUCCCGUCUCCAAUUUCUUCACCGUCUCUCUCGCCGGACCUCAGGGGAAAGUCAUCGGUGGAUUCGUCGCUGGUCCUCUCGUUGCCGCCGGAACUGUUUACUUCGUCGCCACUAGUUUCAAGAACCCUUCCUAUCACCGGUUACCUGCUACGGAGGAAGAGCAAAGAAACUCGGCGGAAGGGGAAGAGGAGGGACAAUCGCCGCCGGUCUCUGGAGGUGGUGGAGAGUCGAUGUACGUGGGUGGCUCUGAUGUCAUUUGGGAUCCCAACGCCAAAGCUCCAUCGCCGUACUGACCACAAAUCCAUCUCGUUCAAACUAGGGUUUCUUCUUCUUUAGAUCAUCAAGAAUCAACAAAAAGAUUGCAUUUUUAGAUUCUUUGUAAUAUCAUAAUUGACUCACUCUUUAAUCUCUCUAUCACUUCUUCUUUAGCUUUUUCUGCAGUGUCAAACUUCACAUAUUUGUAGUUUGAUUUGACUAUCCCCAAGUUUUGUAUUUUAUCAUACAAAUUUUUGCCUGUCUCUAAUGGUUGUUUUUUCGUUUGUAUAAUCUUAUG